AUGACAAUCAAGACAUUUCUAGAAGGCUUGCGGAUUAGCCCGUCUAGCAAGCACGUUGUCCGGUUUGUUGCAGGAAACCAGUCGGCGGACAUGGACUCAGUGGUGAGUGCCAUCACAUAUGCGUAUUUCCACCACCGGUUUAAUCCGAAAGAACAGGCGCUUUUGCCCCUUGUGAAUAUUUCUCGAGAGGAGUUCAGGCUUCGGAAAGACAUUGUGUUUCUCUUGAGCAAGCACGAAAUUUCCAGCACCCGUAUUUUCUUUCUUGACGAUGUGGAAGAGCUCACUCAGCUGUCUCCAUCUAUUAAGUUGGACGUGGUUUUGGUGGACCACUGUAACUUGCAGGGCAAGGUUUUGACUGGCCUUUAUGAAAACAAGCGUUUAUUCGUAUCAGGAAUUAUCGACCACCAUGCCGACGAAGGUGUGUUUCUCGAUGCCAUGCCGCGGGUUAUCCAGAGCAAUGGCUCGUGUUCGGCAUUGGUUUAUCAUUUCUGGAACAAUAAAAAUGGACCAAUCACAGACAAAGAUGCAGUGCUGUUAUUGGUGGGUCCUCUCUUGAUCGACACUUCGAACAUGGAGCAGAAAGUCGAGGCGGGCGACCGCGAGGCGUAUGUGGAAUAUGGGCAAAUCUUGCAGAGCCCUGAGGCUCUGAUGCAAACAGAUGGUGUGGCCCCUGCUGCGUUUUCCCAGUUGUACUCGGAGCUAAAAGCGGCGAAAAAGGACUUGAGGGGCUUUUCGCUUUACGACAUCUUACGGAAAGACUACAAGCAGUUCAAGUUCAGGGGCAAGCUGGGCGACACUGUCAAUGUGGGGUUUUCUUCUAUAGGCAAGUCGCUCAGCUGGGUGUUGGGCAAGUUUUCCGUGUCGGAGGUGCUUGAGUCCUUGAAGAUGAUGACAGAGAGUUUUCACUUGGACGUGGUGGUGAUCACGUCGUCGUUUUCACAGAAGGACACCAAGAUCUACACCCGGGAGUUCUGCUUUAGCACGCUGAAGGCUUCGCUCGAGCCACUUGCUUCCUUGGCCCAGGAAUUGGAGUUAACCUCCCGCUUUUACAAAGACGAUACCGUGGCCCGACAGAUGGCACAGAUAAACGGCUCUGUGUUCUUUAGGGUGUACGACCAACAAAACACAGCCGCCUCCAGAAAACAGGUGGUGCCCAUCAUAAAGCAAGUUGUUGAACAAAGGCUCUGA